AUGGAUCUGGUUGAGGUCGGAGUAAAGUUUAAGGUGAGCUCAAGCCGUUGCUUACUUGACUUAAAAUUCAACUUCGAAUACGGACUGUUGGAAAUGCCAUUGUUAGUGAUAAAUAAUCAUACAGAGGCUCUUAUUCGAAACCUUAUGGCAUUAGAGCUAUUUCGUCAUGGGGAAAAGAAAUACAUUAUGGAUUACUUUUACAUUUUGAAUUUCCUUGUCAAUAAUACUAAAGAUAUGGAUUUACUUUGCGAUAAGGGAAUCGUGGUUAAUUAUCUAAGCGACAACAAAGCAGCAACAUCUAUGGUCAAAAAUCUUUGCACCAAUUUCUCAUGGUCAUGUAUGAACUCAGAUUAUAACAAUAUCUGUAGAGAGUUGAAUGCAUUUUAUGAAAAACCUCUGCACAGGUGGAAGCCAUUUUUAGGGCAUGAAUAUUUUAGCACUCCUUUGAAAGUUGCUUCUUCAAUCCCUGGUUUAAUCCUUCUGGUGCUCACGCUGCUACAAAUUCGUAUUCGCCACCUUGCAAGUUGUGUUCAAGCGUUAAGUAAUUUGGAUAGUUGUCAAUGCAGUUGA